UUUCAGAAACUCGCGCCGAUCGGUGUCUGUAGCCGCGCCUAAUCAAACACUUCAUCCGAAACUAUGGCGUAUUCCUGGGACAAUAGAGUCGCGUUUAUCGUGCGAUAUCUUUACGAUAUUGACAAUAACGGCUAUCUAGACGCACACGAUUUCCAAUGCCUAGCGUUGCGCACCUGCAUCCUCGAAGGCAAAGGUGAUUGCAGCGCCGCCAGGCUGCAGAAAUAUGAGCACGUGAUGCUCAGCCUAUGGGAAGAGAUCACGCAGCUCGCUGACUUCGACAAGGUGCCAGACUAUGACGGUACGAUCAGCGUGGAGGAAUUCAAACAAGCUGUCAAAAACAGUUGCAUCGGCAAGAAAUAUGAAGAUUUCCCGCAAGCGAUGAAGGCGUUCAUUGAGACGAACUUCAGGAUGCUCGACAUUAAUGCAGAUGGCCUUCUCGGCGUUGAAGAGUUCAGAUACGACUGUGUUCAGAGGAUGGUAGUCGAUGAUAUUAAGGUCAUCGAUGAUGCGUUCCAUUCCUUGUUGAAUGAUGAUGACAGACGAAAAGGUGGCUUAGCUUUAUCGAGAUAUCAAGAGCUUUUCGCCCAAUUCCUCGGCGACCAGAGUGACAACUGCCAGGCGAAUCUGCUCUUUGGGCCCUUGGAGCUAUAACCUUAAAAACUAAUAGCGCCUCGACCCUUCAAAACUUCGGUUCUUGCAUGGUAAACAAGCCCACAGUUGUCAAAAUCAACCGAAAAGCGAAGUUUCAUUGACAAAGGGACGAGACAUGCAAGUUGACUUGAUAAGUUUCCACUUUUAUUUUUAAAAAUGUUAAAAUGUAAAAUGACAAUAGCAAGCAUUUCUCCCGAUAUCUAGACUGUCUAUAAAUAAAAUUACAUCAUAGAAAUGGUUAAAAAUAAAUAUCACAGCUUCGCGGCUGUCUUAAAAUAGAUACACCGAGAUGCGCUCUGAUUUAUACGCUUUUGAAUUUAAUGCACGGCAUAUUGUAAAAAUUACCGACACUUUGCUAUUGUAAAAAUACAUGUUUCCAAAUAAUAAAUAUUAGCUAAGAUAAUACGCUAGAUUAGUUUUCUCCGUUUGUUAUCGUUUUCCGUCCUUUCAAUGUAUGUCGCUACAAAUGGAAUGUUGUAUUUGCAAAUAAUAAAGCUCUGGUUAAUAUUUAAAUAUCACACAGACAAGAGUAAUAAAAAAUAAAGAAAGCUCAAAAACAUUUUUCGAAGAAACAACGACGUAUUUGUAAAUACAUACCUAUCUAUCUACUUAGACAAUUCAAGGCGAAUUUAGUAAAGAAAUUGUGCUCAAAACAGAAAAGGAA